CUCGGGACCGCGGAUGGGUGCGAAGAUCAUGUUCAUCAUAUGGCGUCUGCGCAGCGCAGCAGAGUAAAAAAAGGUACGACGACGGACGGUACGACGGGAAUUUUUCUUAUUUGGAUUUGGUUUGGAGCCAUAGCACACACACACACACACAUAUAUAUACACUGCGACUGCGAUCAGCGACGGGCCCAGCCCAUCUGCGAAAGAAUGUGGCAUCAAGGCCGGACAGAGAUAGAUGCGAUAAAGGAUCUGUCUUGGAAAAUUCGCUUGAGUAUAGACAGCUAAUAUUAGUUGUGAUAUAGUGGUAGAUAUUAGUAGUUACCUAGGUAUCAAAAGUAGGGCGGACCAUGAGCGCAUUAAUAUCAGACGAAGACCCAAGGUGGCAAAGGCCCAGGCUGAAACAAGAAGAAGCCACGCAGGCAAGCUGGGCAG